AUGUAUGCAUGCAGAGGCGCCAACGAUGACCUGUAUCAGAAAGACGAAGGGAAGUGGGCCCUGCUGCGUAACGUCAACCAGGUGUUCAAAUACCAACACACGCUCCUUCCGGGGGAUUAUGUCUGGCUGGAUCUGAAGACUGGACGUGAGUUUGAAGUCCCUAUCGGGGCAGUGGUAAAACUCUGUGACUCUGGCCAAAUUCAAGUGGUGGACGAUGAAGGCAAUGAGCACUGGAUCUCCCCUCAGAAUGCCACUAACAUUAAGCCAAUGCAUCCAACAUCCAUCCAUGGAGUGGAAGAUAUGAUCCGUCUGGGAGACUUGAACGAAGCGGGAAUUUUGCGUAACCUCCUCAUCCGAUACAGAGAGCGUUUAAUUUAUACAAACUGUGGAGGGAGGACCUACACUGGCUCCAUCCUGGUUGCAGUGAACCCCUACCAGCUGCUGCCAAUCUACACCGCUGAACAGAUCCGGUAUUACACGAACCGGAAGAUCGGAGAAAUGCCGCCUCACAUCUUUGCCAUCGCUGACAACUGCUAUUUCAACAUGCAACGCAACAACAAGGACCAGUGCUGCAUCAUAAGUGGAGAGUCCGGCGCUGGAAAAACAGAGAGCACAAAACUCAUCCUACAGUUCCUGGCAGCUAUUAGUGGCCAGCACUCCUGGAUUGAACAGCAAGUACUUGAGGCAAAUCCCAUUCUAGAAGCGUUUGGGAAUGCCAAAACUAUCCGGAACGAUAAUUCCAGUCGUUUUGGGAAAUACAUCGACAUUCACUUUAAUAAGCGAGGAGCUAUCGAAGGAGCCAAGAUUGAACAAUACCUGCUGGAGAAAUCUCGAGUCUGUCGGCAGGCUGAUGGGGAGAGGAACUAUCACAUCUUCUACUGUAUGUUGAUGGGAAUGAGUCUCGACCAGAAGAAGGCACUGGGCCUGGGGAAAGCUACAGAUUACACCUACUUAACUAUGGGGCGGUGCACCUUCUGUGACGGCCGUGAUGACAACAAAGAGUACGCCAACAUUCGCUCCGCCAUGAAGGUCCUCAUGUUCACUGACACUGAGAACUGGGAGAUCUCCAAACUGAUGGCUGCAAUUCUACACAUGGGCAACCUGGCUUAUGAACCUCGAGUGUAUGACAAUCUGGAUUCAUGUGAGGUCGUCUACUCCACACAACUGACGACUGCUGCUGUUCUCCUUGAGGUUGACUGUUUGGACCUGCAGAACUGCCUCACCAGCCGAACCAUUAUAACACGAGGGGAGACUGUCUCCACCCCUCUUAACAUGGACCAAGCUCUGGAUGUUCGAGAUGCCUUUGUGAAGGGAAUCUACGGGAGGCUAUUUGUGUGGAUUGUGGAGAAGAUCAACGCAGCUAUUUACAAACCUCCAUCUCGUGAGCCCAAGGUGUGGCGCAGGUCAAUCGGCUUACUGGAUAUUUUUGGGUUCGAAAACUUCCACAUUAAUAGCUUCGAGCAGCUCUGUAUAAACUUCGCCAAUGAAAACCUGCAGCAGUUUUUUGUGCGUCAUGUCUUCAAGCUGGAGCAAGAGGAAUACAAUCUGGAGAACAUCAACUGGCAGCACAUUGAGUUCACCGACAACCAGGAUGCCCUUGACAUGAUUGCGCUCAAACCCAUGAACAUCAUUUCCCUCAUCGAUGAAGAGAGCAAAUUCCCUAAGGGCACAGACACAACAAUGCUGAAUAAAUUGAAUUCCCAGCACAAGCUGAACACCUACUACAUCCCUCCGAAGAACAACUAUGAAACCCAGUUUGGCAUCAGCCACUUUGCUGGAAUAGUCUACUAUGAAACUAAAGGUUUUUUGGAAAAAAAUCGGGACACACUUCACGGAGACAUCAUUCAACUGGUCCACUCCUCCAAGAAUAAGUUCAUCAAACAGAUCUUUCAGGCUGAUGUAGCCAUGGGAGCAGAGACGAGGAAACGCUCACCAACCCUCAGCAGCCAGUUUAAACGCUCGCUGGAAUUGCUGAUGAGAACGCUCAGUGUCUGUCAGCCCUUCUUCGUUCGCUGCAUCAAGCCCAAUGAGUACAAGAAGUCUAUGCUAUUUGACCGGGAGCUGUGCGUCCGGCAGCUGAGAUACUCUGGAAUGAUGGAGACCAUUCGGAUCAGGCGAGCUGGUUAUCCCAUUCGCUACACCUUUGUGGAGUUUGUAGACCGAUAUCGGGUGCUGAUGCCUGGAGUCAAACCAGCUUACAAACAGGGAGAUCUGCGAGGUACCUGCCAGCGAAUAGCAGAAGCGGUUCUAGGACAAGAUGGAGACUGGCAGAUUGGAAAGACUAAGAUCUUCCUAAAGGAUCACCACGAUAUGUUGCUGGAGAUCGAGAGAGACAAGGCAAUCACAGACAAGGUCAUCCUCAUUCAGAAAGUGGUUCGAGGAUUCAAAGACAGGUCAAACUUUGUUAAAAUAAGAAAAUCAGUGAUGUUAAUUCAGAAGUAUUGGCGAGGAUAUCAGUGCCGGAAGAAUUUCAGUGCAAUGAGAAUUGGAUUCUCCAGACUGCAGGCCCUCUAUCGAUCCCGUAAGCUCUGCACCCAGUAUCACUUCGCCCGCGAGAGAAUCAUCAUGUUCCAGGCCCAUUGUCGGGGUUACUUGGUGCGGAGAGCGUUCCGCCAUUGCUUCUGGGCUGUCAUCACCAUUCAGGCCUGUGUCCGAGGCAUGAUCGCACGCAGGCUCUACAAGCGGCUGAGAGGAGAAUAUCGUCGACGGCUUGAAGCAGAGAAGCUACGUCUCGCCGAAGAGGUGCGUCUCCGCAAGGAGAUGAGCAGCAAAAAAGCCAAGGAGGAGGCAGAAAGGAAACAUCAGGAACGCCUCGCUCAAUUGGCUCGUGAAGAUGCCGAGAGGGAGGUGAAUGAGCGGAGGGAAGCCCGUCGAAAGAAAGAAAUGGUGGAGCAGAUGGAGAAGGCUCGCAAUGAGCCGGUGAAUGACUCUGAGAUGGUGGAUAAGAUGUUUGGGUUUCUGGGCAUGCCCACUGUGCUGCCGGGACAGGAGGGACAAGCACCAUCGGGGUUUGAGGAUCUCGAGCGUACCCCGAGAGAGUUGGAGGAAGAGGAUCUGGAUGCAAGCCUGCCACUCCCAGAAGAGGAAGAGGAAGAUCUUUCUGAGUACAAGUUUGCCAAGUUCGCUGCUACUUACUUUCAGGGCACCACAACGCACACCUACAUCCGGAGGCCCCUCAAGCUGCCCUUACUUUACCACGAUGAUGAAGGGGAUCAACUGGCAGCUCUUGCAGUCUGGAUCACGAUAUUACGGUUCAUGGGGGACUUGCCGGAACCCAAAUAUCACACCGCCAUGAGUGACGGCAGUGAGAAGAUACCAGUCAUGACCAAAAUCUAUGAAACCCUCGGGAAGAAGACAUAUAAAUGGGAACUGCAGGCUCUGCAAGGAGAGGGAGAGGGCUCACAAACAGAUAAGAAGAACAGUGUGAGGCACAAGCUGGUUUCCCUAACUCUGAAGAAGAAAUCGAAGCUAACUGAGGAGGUGGCAAAGAGACUGAAUGACGGGGACUACAGCCUUCAGGGGAACAGUAUGUUGGAGGACCGACCAACCUCCAACCUGGAAAAACUUCACUUCAUCAUAGGGAAUGGCAUCCUAAGGCCGGAGGUCAGGGAUGAGAUUUACUGUCAGAUCUGCAAGCAGCUUACCCAGAAUCCUUCCAAAAGCAGUCACGCCAGGGGGUGGAUCCUCAUGUCUCUCUGUGUCGGCUGCUUUGCUCCUUCUACAAAAUUUGUUAAGUAUUUGAGGAAUUUCAUCAACGGAGGUCCACCUGGCUACGCGCCUUACUGCGAGGAAAGGAUGAGGAGAACGUUUGCUAAUGGGACUCGGACACAGCCACCAAGCUGGCUGGAGCUACAGGCCACCAAAUCAAAGAAGCCGAUCAUGCUGCCCAUCACCUUCAUGGAUGGAACAACAAAGACCCUCCUGACUGACUCUGCGACAACAGCCAAAGAGCUGUGCAAUGCACUAGCUGACAAGAUAGGCCUGAAGGAUCGCUUUGGGUUUUCGCUCUACAUUGCUUUGUUUGACAAGGUCUCCUCCCUUGGGAGUGGGAAUGAUUAUGUGAUGGACGCCGUCUCCCAGUGUGAGCAGUACGCCAAAGAACAGGGCGCACAAGAGCGAAAUGCACCCUGGCGCCUCUUCUUCCGGAAGGAGAUCUUCACACCCUGGCACGACCCCACUGAAGACAUGGUGGCGACCAACCUCAUUUACCAGCAGACAGUGAGGGGAGUCAAGUUUGGAGAGUACAGGUGUGACAAGGAGGAAGACCUGGCUGAACUGGCCUCCCAGCAGUACUACGUGGAUUAUGGAUCCGAGAUCAUCCUGGAGCGACUCAUGAGCUUAAUCCCGUCUUACGUUCCCGACAGGGAAAUCAGCUCCUCCAAAACAGUGGAGAAGUGGGCACAGUACAUCAUUGCAGCUCAUAAAAAGGGAGUGUACACCCAGAAGAGGAUUGACCCGCAGAAUGUGAAGGAGGAGGUUGUGGACUUUGCUCGCUUCAAGUGGCCUUUGCUCUUUUCCCGAUUUUAUGAGGCCUUCAAGUUUUCAGGCCCAAGCCUACCAAAGAAUGAUGUGAUUGUAGCUGUCAACUGGACUGGUGUUUACUUUGUUGAUGAACAGGAGCAAGUCCUCCUGGAACUUUCCUUCCCAGAAAUCACUGCAGUUACCAGCAGCAAGGGAGGCAAAAUGCAAGGGCAGAGCUUCACACUGGCAACCAUUAAAGGUGACGAAUACACCUUCACCUCCAACAAUGCAGAGGAUAUCCGGGACCUUGUGGUGACUUUCCUGGAGGGGCUGAGAAAGAGGUCAAAGUUUGUGGUUGCUCUGCAGGAUAACCCUAACACUGUUGGCGAUGAUUUGACAUUCCUGAGCUUCAUGAAAGGAGACCUGAUCCUUCUGGAUCAUGACACCGGGGAGCAGGUGAUGAACUCUGGCUGGGGUCAUGGAAUGAAUGAAAGGACCAAACUGAAGGGUGACUUCCCAACUGACUGCGUCUAUGUAUUACCUACAGUCACCAAGCCACCAGCUGAAAUUGUGUGCCUGGUUACCAUGACGCCAGGCCAGAGGCAAGAAGCCAUCAAGACUUCCCAGUUGUCCAUAUCAGAGUUGGAGGAGAAGGUUAAGCCUUACACGCUGGAGGAGUUCUCAUAUGACUACUUCAGGCCACCUCCGAAGCACACCUUGAGCCGGGUGAUGAUCACAAAGAAUCGUGGGAAAGACAAAAUGUGGUCUUGCACCCGGGAGCCAAUCAAACAGCCUCUACUGAAGAAGCUGUUGAACAAUGAUGAGCUGUCUCAAGAAUCCUGCCUCGUGUUCAUAGCUGUUAUGAAGUACAUGGGCGACUAUCCCUCCAAGAGAAUGCGCUCGGUGAAUGAGCUGACCGAUCAGAUAUUCGAAGGUGCCUUGAAAGGGGAGCUGAUGAAGGAUGAGAUUUACUGCCAAGUCCUUAAACAGCUCACCGAUAACCAUGUGAAGUAUAGCGAGGAGAAAGGCUGGGAGCUGCUCUGGUUGUGUACAGGACUCUUUCCCCCCAGCAACGUCCUCUUGCCCCAUGUCCAGAGAUUCCUGCAGUCGAGGAAGAGCCACGUGCUUGCUCCAGACUGCAUGCACCGACUCCAGAAAGCACUCCGGAACGGCUCCAGAAAGUAUCCACCUCACCUGGUAGAAGUGGAGGCUAUUCAGCAUAAAACCACUCAGAUAUUCCACAAAGUCUACUUCCCUGAUGACACAGAUGAGGCAUUUGAAGUGGAAUCGAGCACCAAAGCUAAAGAUUUCUGCCAGAAUAUCUCCGCCAGACUGCUGCUGAAAUCUGCCGAUGGGUUCAGCUUGUUUGUCAAGAUCUCUGACAAGGUGAUCAGUGUUCCAGAAGGAGAUUUCUUCUUUGACUUUGUGAGACACCUCACUGACUGGAUCAAGAAAGCUCGGCCAGUGAAAGACGGUAUAGUGCCUUCUCUAACCUACCAGGUCUUCUUCAUGAAGAAACUAUGGACACAUACAGUUCCUGGAAAGGACCAGAUGGCAGACUCCAUCUUUCAUUAUUAUCAGGAGCUACCGAAAUACCUGCGCGGUUACCACAAGUGCUCUCGGGACGAGGUGCUGCAGAUGGCUGCGCUCAUUUAUAGGGUGAAGUUCGAAGACGAUAAGUCCCAGUUCCCAAACAUCCCCAAAAUGCUGAAGGAACUGGUGCCACAGGAUUUAGUCCGACACAUCUCGCCCGAUGACUGGAAGCGGUCCAUUGUAGCUUUUUACAACAAGCAGGCAGGGAAAUCGAGGGAAGAAGCUAAGCUAUCAUUUCUGAAGAUUAUCUACAAAUGGCCUACAUUUGGAUCAGCUUUUUUUGAGGUCAAGCAAACCACUGAGCCGAACUACCCAGAGAUCCUCCUGAUUGUGAUCAACAAACACGGAGUGAGUCUGAUCGAUCCAAAGACAAAGGAUAUUCUUACCACCCACCCAUUCACCAAGAUUUCUAACUGGAGCAGUGGCAACACAUACUUCCACAUUACCAUCGGCAACCUGGUGCGAGGCAGCAAGCUCCUGUGUGAAACCUCCCUGGGGUACAAAAUGGAUGACCUGCUGACCUCUUAUAUCAGUCAGAUGUUGACCUCUAUGAAUAAGCAGCGGAACACAAAAACCAGUAAGUGAACUUAUUACGACUACUGGAUCUGGGCCUAUGAGGUGAUCCAAAUUCUGAGGCCUGUGGGAAACCCUUGCAGCUGGAGAAGAACGUUCUCCACACAUGUCUGGAGUAUGAGAAGGAGCCCUUUGCCAAGUUCUUCCGACAGCAGCCCAGAUUCCCCCUCAAGUGAGGAUGAUUAUUUGUAGUAUGUGUGGUGUGUAUCUUUGAAACUCUCAACAUUCAAGUCCCUCAAAUCUAGUACAACAAGCCAAAAAAAGCCAAGAAAAUCGAGCCUACAAAUGCGGGUUUCCUGUGACCUCUUGCUCCAAAAUAGGAAACCCGGGCCUAAUGCAGGCUUUUUAUGAAUCUCCCAUGCACUCUUGAUGGAUCAUACCCAAAUAUUUUUUCCCCAACUUGUCAAUUCAGCUCCUUUCAGCUACAGCAAACAAGUCAUCAUGGUUUUAGCCUGAGUGUGCAUGUGUGCAUAUAAAGAUUCUGUAUGGCUGUAGGUAGUCCAGGCUAUUGUAAUACAUAUCACAAGACGUGCAAUGGAUAAUUCUCGCUCUGUAACAGUUGUAAUGAUGUCAAGUUUUAGUGAGCUCUGGCCUUGACAUGUGCUUCUGCUGCCUUCAGAAGAGUAAUUCAAUGGGCUGGUCGCUCUGGUGGCUAUGCUGCACCAUAUGUAUAUUUUGUGAAGUAGUCGGCCAUGUUUGGAGUGAGUCUGGCUGUGACACAGACAAAGGGGGGUUGCUCAAGCAAGGAUGGCAAAGUGCUUCUUUUUGGGCUGCUGUUGUAGUCUUGCUAUCUGGACCCUCCGUUUCAACUCCCAACUGUUUCUGUAUACAGUUAAUUUAUUUGAAAUGCAUGCAAUUUUUUUUCUUCAAAGACGAGAAAAUACGCCUUCUCUAAACUGGACAUGGUGUAUAUAUCCACUGUUGGUGGAUUACCAAACUAACCACAGGAUAUUCAAUUUCACAAUUGUUCCCCCAGGUUCAUUGACACUAGGAUUACUCAUAGUCUAAUCAUUGCCUCAGCUAAUGUUAACUUCUCACCUCUAAACCUUUUCCAAAGUAAACCAUCAUUUUAAUCACAUCACCUCUUUGGACACUUGAGGUUCUUUUUAAGUUGGCAUAUUGAAAACUCAAUUCACAGUCCUCCUCCAUCCCCAAUCCGUCCCUUAGACAUGUCCCUACUGUCCUCUACCAGACAACGCCAGCAAUGACUGGAGAUGCUCAAGUCCAUUUCUGUGGAGAGAACAGGCAUGUUGGUGUUUCAGGCAUGGGGCCUUCUAUUCUGACAAAGGGUCUACACCUGAAGCAUCAACUGGUCUCAUCAUCUCUCUCUUGAACUCCCUCUUUCUCUUUAACUUUCUCUUUAUCUCUUUCUCCCUUUCUCUUUAUCACUCUCCCUCUCACUCUCUCUUCAGAUGCUGUCUGGCCCCCUCUGUGUAUCCAGCACCUUCUGGUAUUAUUUCAAAUCUUCAGUUGUAUUUUCUCUCUUGAACAGUAAGUUGGGAGUGCUUUCUCAAAUUCCUUGUGUGGCCCAAUUGAGUCCCUUCAUUUAAGGGGGUAGCUGACUUGUUGAGAAGAUCUUCAAGAGAUUGCAAAGCAGUGGGGUUUGGGGGGGGGAAGAAAAGACCAAAAUUAUUUUGCUGCAUCAUUCUUUGCCUUGUCAUCCUUAAAGACAGAAAAUGCUGACAAUCAUCCUGUGGGUCAGAGCAGCAUCUGUGGUGCAUGAGAGAGACCAUUUCAGAUCAGCAAUCUUUGUUCGGAUACGGAGAUAAUUGGUGCUGUGACAGAAGAGGUUGAUUGCUAAGUGAUUCUUGUCGGGACAAAUGCUAGCACCUAUUUCAAGUUUGUAGACUGCCUUAUGGUACCAGAUAAGAUUGCUGUUUACAAUAAGACCACUUUUGCUGAUAGGUGCUGACUUCUACAGUUCAUGCCUGGUCAUUCUCUCUUUGCAACUGAGAACCUCGGUUGAGCCUCAGCCAAGCCUGGCUACCACAUGGUGAACUUGAGAUUCUGAUAGCCAGCAAAUAUUGAUGUGUGGCUUGGCUGUAAUCAAUCUAUUUAUAUUUAAGUGAAUGGGUGCAGUUUAUUUAUAAAUAAUGUUGGCUGAAGCCGCUUUUGCCAGCUGGAUGAAAUCCAGCAUUAAAUUUGCGAUGGUGAACUUGCUGGAUUGACCUCAGUUUAGAAAUCGCCCCCAAAAAGGGGCAAAAUCCCUUUGUUCUUUUAAGUGCCUAGGUCUUGGUUUGUGCUCUAACUGAAGGUGCCACCUUGCCUUUAAAAUAUAGUUUGUUUGUUUUUAUAUAAUCACUUAUGUUGGCAAUAGGUAGGGAGUCAUUUGAGUUGGUGACAAGUUUCCAUUUUUGUGGUCAUGCUGACUAUACCAUUUAGCACGCAUAUAUAUUAUCUUCAGCUUGGUUUUGAAUUUGUUUGAAUAGUGGGCAGGCAUGAUUGGGUAGGUUAUGCUCUUUAAAAGGGCCUCCACUGUUGCUUAAAUGCACAGUGAAGACACCCAUUAUCAUUUUACUUAAAAUAAAAUUGAUAUGUUCCUCCUUUUGGAGUUCUUUCACUCACCCAGAUCAACAAUGAUUUCACCCCCACAACCCCCUUUAAUGCGUUGCACAAACCUUUGUGGAUUUAGUCACUAGACUCUUGAUACCCCACACACUGCGAAACUGGGCAAGCGGAUCUCACAGUUGGACCUGAGACUGUGUGCGUGAAGGGCUACAUCCCAGUGAGGUUUUUGUUGAGGUCAAGCACUUUUCAGAGGCCGAGCGCUCGUUAUUUUCCUCCACUUCACUUCCCUUGUGCUGUCGCUGCAGCCUCUAUAGUCACCUCAUUUCCCAGGAACGGUGUGGAGUUUUCUGGUGUCCUCCAGGUUUGGUGUCCAGCUCACACUGCUGCAGUUUAAUUGCUGCUGACUCGUUCUGAAGUGAGUCUCAAACUCAAAAUUUUAGAUAUUAUUUCAUAUUAUCCCUGCGGUUUGGUCUUCCAAAGUACAGAUUGUAUUCUGAUCAGGGGCAGCCUUACAUGAACAAGGACCCUUUGCUGGCAUUGGUUAAUGUAAUGUGUCUGCUGUCACUAUCGACAAGUACUGAUACGAUGUGGUGAUCUUGUAGACACGGAUCUGACUGAUUGUUCACUUCAUUUUUAGCACCAGUUACUUUAACAUGAACUCAUUAUUUUGCUGCCUCCUGUAUUACUCUAGUAACCAGUGAACCGUAAGCUACAUUCACAGAAAAGAUCGAAUAGGGUUAGAAUUAGAAAAGAUUAUUUAUAACUUAAGCACUGAAGUAUGGUGAUUGAAUUAGUCAGGACCCUUGUUCUGUAUUAUGUGGGAUUUUGGGGGAUUGUUAAGCAAGCAUCCAUUUUUCUAUGUAAUAGUAAACUCUGCAUUCAUUUUUGUCUGGACUGCUGGUUGGACUCUAAGGGGACCAUCUUCAUGAAAAAUGGUUAGGUGGGUGUGGUAGGGCGCAGGGAAAAGAAAAGGUUCAUGUGCAUCUUUAAUGCACCUUCUCUGACCUUUUUGGUGAUGACACAUUGAAGCAGAUCGUGAGCUCAUUUCUGUGUGUGUGUGUGUGUGUGUGUGUGUGUGUGUGAUGUCGUAACAAAUGAUGUGCAUCUUAUUAAAAGACUCCACUGAAGUGAUGGCCUCUUGUAUUGAUACGGUGAAGGUCAGAAGAUAAAUCACCAAAGUGGCCACAAUAUUGCGAGGUCCAAUUUGCUCUUACCUGUAGCUAAUGUGACCAAAACUGUGGACGGUAGCUAUUGUCCGUCUUUGCCUUUCAAAUCAUUUCCCAACAAGUCUCAAGGGCUUGGGGAAACAUUUAAUGCAUCACUGCCCACGUUUGGUUCACUUGUACAAUAGUUAUCAAGUUUUACGUGUUAAUAGACCUUUUAUAUUGGAAUGUUGGGAGAAGUUGUGUAUUAGAUUCUGGGUGGGGGGUGGUGUGUGUGUAUGUAGGGGAGGUGAGCAGAGGGGGCCACAGUAUGGAGCGCAGUCAUUGAAUUACACCCUCUUUGGGGUGGGAGGUGCUGAUGGAUUUGGAUGUGCUUGAAAUUGUACAAAUGUACACUUUGGUGUAUUUGCUCAAGAAAAAGUGAAUAAAAACAGUUACUGUGUAAGUUUGCUGUUUAAUCUUUGUUCCUUGCCUUUGAUGGCUAUAAAGAUGCAGGAGAAGGGCCUGGGAAUGAGCUUGGAACCAACUCCAAAGCCAUGCUGGUCGCUUGUCUCUUCCUCUUCCCUCUCCAACACGUUAUCCAGUGUAAAUAAAAGAAACCACACGUCUUUCCCAUUCGUCUUUUGGCUGUCACUGGUACAUGAACAAUAUAUUUGUAAAUAAUGUUAAUAAAUGAACUUGCAUAUUGUGACUUUUUUUAAGGCGGAAAAACUAGUGUGGAUGCAUGAUGCAUGGUUUGUGAGGUCAAAUCCCAGCUCCGUGCUGAAGACGGUGUUUGGUUUUCUUCUCCUCCUUCCAGGAGUAGAAUACAUCUGGGUAUCUAAUGUUCUGUGUCUGCAGUGUGUAUCUGUUUAAAGAAUGUACCAACCGUGCAAUAAAUAUUUCUGUAAUA